GCGCAUAUGCCGUUUCAUCUUAAUAGCAAGGAUUCAUGCAGUUGAACUGAUUUUUUGGGAACAAAGAAAUAGCAGGUGUUUUGGGAGAUGUUAUGGAAAAAAAUCUCUCGUAGAAUUUUAAAUUGAUCCACUUGCAUACGUUAAUCUAGCUUUUUUGUUCAAUCUUCCCAUAUAUAUUUGGUUUAUUCUGUCAAGAAAGCAGCAUAAAGAAGAGUACUGGUUUAGAAGAAGUUCAAAAGAACAGUGGUGAAUUUUUUUUGAAAUUCGAUUGUAAUAUCGUUUCUUCUUUGAAAUUUCUAUUUGACCUUUUUUUUCCCUUCAGUGAUAUCAGAAUUUCUUGUGUCUGUUUUUCUAUCGUUGUUUUCUUUUCGAUUGAGACCGUCAUUCUUUUUUUACGUUAUACACUCAAACAACAAAGGUUUCCUUUUUGAAGUUUUCGUAAUCCACGUGUUUCUUUAUCCCGUCCUCUGCUACACCUAAUUUGCUGUUUUCCUAUCCUUUAUUCUAAACGCAUGCGUUUUCUAUUUUGCUUUUUGCUGUUUCUUUUUCAUUUGAAAGUCUUCUUUCUUGUUACACAGGCCUCACCCAGACUCUCAUUAUCCUCUCCGAUCCAUAAACAAAACGAUGUAUUUACAACACUGUCUCCGUCUUUGUUCCGUAGAGCAGGUUCAACGAGUCUAUCAGGUUCUUCCAGUAGUAUAGGACAAAGUUCAAGUUCCGGCAAUCAAAAAUCUUCCUCUUCAUCCUCCGGUAAAACUUCAUCCUCUGUUUCCGAUAUCAUCAGUACUUCCGACGCUUCAGGAACUGUUGUUUCCUCAUCUCAAAGAAAUGCCACAAAUGGAUUCGUUACAGAGUACGUGACCAUCCAACCUACCACAGUCAUGACGACAAUCUUUCAAUUUACUUCUUUAGCCUCUACUAUACCUGCGCAGAGCGGUUUAGCCUCUCUGGUUCCUCAAUCUUAUUCCCCCUACGGCAGUGCCGGUGCUCUUAUUGGAAUUUUGGCCGGCGUAAUUGUGGGAAGUGUGUUUGUCCUUGCCAUUGUGAUGGUGGUAGCGCGGAUCUGGGGACCUCGUCUUUUGGCUAAUAAAAGAAACAACCAAGAAAAUGAUGAAAAUGUUCAAGAUGAUCCUGAGCUCAAGCAGGAAGGAAUUCCACAAAUUACUUAUGCUUCUAAUUUUUAGAUUCUCUUUUUACUUGUAUCUUUGUUUCUGUGUAUUUAUAUAUUUUUAUCAUGUUCGCACUCGUUUAAUGAUUCUUUACCUUUUUUUUCUCACAAAAGUCUAUUUGUAUGGCAUGCCAAUCUGUGGAAGGG